AUUCCUGUUUCAGCCGUAAGCCGCAUCAUGCCAGAGCCGAACUCUCUCUUACAACAGACCGUACGUGGAGGACUUGUGGGUUCGUACAAAUGGAUCGAUUGAGUUCGUCACCCUUCUCUUUUUUCAGGUGGUCUUACAGGGGCCAUCGAGAUUUGUAUAACGUUUCCUACGGAGUAUGUAAAAACUCAGCUGCAACUUGAUGAACGUAUGGGAGCUGCCAAACGCUAUUCUGGCCCUAUUGAUUGUGUUCGCCAGACUGUUCGGUCACAUGGCGUGCGAGGCCUUUAUCGCGGCUUGUCUGUGUUGCUAUAUGGAUCCAUACCAAAGUCAGCCGUAAGGUUUGGUGCCUUUGAAGAAUUCAAACGUCACAGCUUGUCACCUGAUGGCAGUCUGAGUGGUGGACGAAAAUUCCUCUGUGGCUUGGGUGCUGGGAUUUGUGAAGCGAUUUUCGUGGUGACUCCAAUGGAAACGAUCAAGGUCAAGUUCAUCAACGAUCAGACAUCAGCCAAUCCACAUUAUCGGGGUUUCGGACAUGGCGUGCGCUGCAUUGCCAAAGAGUUCGGAAUCGGUGGUCUGUACAAGGGUGUUACCCCCACCAUCAUGAAACAGGGCACCAAUCAAGCCAUACGGUUCUUUGUUAUGGAAAGUCUCAAAGACCAGUACCGUCACUAUCGAGGUGAUCAAAUUAGUGGACUUCCUGUUCCCAAGUUGCUCACUGGGGUGUUCGGUAUCGUGGCUGGUGCGGCUUCAGUCUACGGCAAUACCCCAUUGGAUGUGAUCAAAACCCGAAUGCAGGGUUUGGAUUCGCACAAAUACAAGAAUACACUUCAUUGCGCGUACAAGAUCUGGCGAGAAGAGGGACCGUUCGCAUUCUACAAAGGCACCGUUCCCCGUUUGGGACGGGUCUGCCUGGAUGUUUGCAUUUCUUUCAUGAUUUAUGAUUCCGUGAUGGAAGCGAGCCAAAAAAUGUUGAACAAGAAAUGACACACUACUUUUGCUACUAUCCGACCCUUCCAUAGCUACAGGUUGUGAUUUUAUUUAUCAACCCACAUACAUCCCCAAUGCAAUAUUCAACCCAGUCAUGUGGCUAACUAAGUCAACACAUUCCACCGAGUUUCUCAGAGUAAAUCCAUUUUUUGUUUCUGCUUUUACUGUUAGAAAACGGUUGUGAGAAUCAGGGAUUCGGUGUGACUAGUUGUGACCCGUGAAUUAACCAGUCUCUCUGAUUAUUUGACAUUCCGCUACUUAUCCACUGGUGUGUACUAUAGAAAUCAAGAUUUGUUAAGUUUGCUUUUUUGUGGCGCUCUUUAUUAUUACUACUAUUAUUAUCCCCGUAUUCAUGGUUGUGGGACAAAAUUUUUGUCAAGUGCUUAUGCUUUGCUUUACCUCUAUGGCUAUUCCGUAAUCAUUUGAUGACUUAACUAUUAGAAGAGUUUACAUGGAAAAUAUAAGCCAGUUGAAAAG